AUCAAUCGUACAGCAAGAUCAGAACAUGGCGGAUGGAUCAGCUAAUAGAAUAUCCGACAGAGAGGGAAAUGAAGCUUCAGAGAUAUAUACAAUCUUUACAUGAAGACCUACAAGUGGCUCAUGAGAGCAAAGUAUCACUACAGGAGGCACUGGUUGAGGCCAAUAAACAAGUUAAAGGUGAUGAUAGUAAUGAUAUUUUGAGCAAUAUAUUAGAAGAGAUGAGACAAGAACAGGAAAAGUUGAUUGAAGAGAAACAGAUUAUUACUGAGGAUAAUGAGAAACUGAAACUCAUGGUAGCUGAUAUAGAGGAGAAGCAGGAACAGUAUCUCAAAGAAAAGCAGAUCAUUAUUGGUUAGUUAACUAUACACACA